AUGGCGUCCAGUUCAGGUCUAAUCAAAAAAUACACCCGAGAAGAAGUGAAACGCCACAACUCCAACGACGACCUCUGGAUAAUCCUCGACAACAACGUCUACGACCUCACAGAUUUCGUCUACAAACACCCCGGAGGUGAAGAAGUACUCUUGGACCGAGCUGGAGGUGAUGGCACCGAUUGUUUCGACAACAUCGGACAUAGUCUAGACGCGAAAGAACUGCGCGAGUCUUUUAAAAUCGGCGAAGUUGUCGACGCCGACCGGCGACAGAAGCACGAAGCGCAAUUCGACGGCGAGUACGGCCGAAAGUUCUCCGUGCCGAAGAGCACCAUGUUCGACUAUGUGCUUCCGGGCGUUGUGGUUUUCAUAGCGUUUAUAUAUUGUUUUGUAUGGUGA